AUGACGACGCCUCGAUCCCAGCGCAGCGAGCCGCUGGACCUCUCCUCGUCGCCGCCCUUUAACCGUCCCGACACACCCUCGCGCGCCUCGCGCAACGCCGCGUACGAUGAGGGCCCUGCGAACAGCCCAAAUCCUACCUUCGCGACCUUCUCUCCCACCACCCUCUCCUCUGCGACGCCUUCCGCCACAUCAGCGGCUAAGCGCCGCAGCACCGUCCUCGUGCACCAGAAAUCUCCUCUCCUCCUAGCCACCCCGCCACAGAUCACACGCGCGCUCGCCUACAGCCACCCGUUCCUGCUGCCUCUCAAUAAGCUCGUGGGGUUGCUGAGUUGGACCACCGGCGACCCAUGGGAGAGCUUCAUACUUGUGUGCGUCUGGUGGGGCGUCGUGCUGUACGGCGAUGUUGUCAUCCGCUUUGCAGGGCCAGUCGUCCUGGUUCUAACCCUAAUAGCUGGCAUGUACGGCCGGCGAUACAGCCCACUCAGCACCAGCGGAUGGGGCGAGCCGGGCUCCAACAAGGAGGGUGCCAGCGACGCACAGCCUGUUGCCAAUCAGACCAAGACCAAGGGAGGCUACGUCAAGAACAAAGGCAUGACCAUGGAUGGCUCCGCCGCCAGUUCCUCAGCUAAGGGCAACGCGAACAACAGCGCGGGAGGGCCAGGCCAUCAGAGGAGCGCGUCAUCUGCCGAGGCGACCAACACGCGCCACCAGAAGACGCUGGAUGAAAUUGUCGAGACCCUGAAGGAGUUCACGAGCCGGUGUAACAUACUGCUCGAGCCUCUGCUCGAGCUGACAGAUUUUCUCAGCACGCAGAUCACAGCGACAUCGGCGACGACGAGACCUGCCCUCACGGCUCUCUUCAUCCGGAUUCUACUGUGCACCCCGUUCUGGUUCGCACUGACUCUGCCGCCGUGGAGAAUAGUCACGACGAGAAGAGUGGCUUUGGUGUUCGGAACCCUCAUCCUGACAUGGCACUCUCGUGUGAUGCGGGUAUCGCGGACAAUUAUGUGGCGCAGCGCCACGGUCCGGAGGAUCACAGCUCUGAUUACUGGACUAGACGUAGGAGGGCUGGACAAGGCGAGCAGCAAGUCCGUUCACAGUCAAGGAGGCGCCUCGCUUCCGGCAGACGGGUCCGCCGCAGUAAAGACGGCGGGCCGCGCGCCGACGCCACAAGAAUCAGAACUCACCAAGGCGAUUAGGAGAGCCAAGGGAGGCCAUGAUGCUGGCGUGCGAUUCACCUUUAUCAUCUAUGAGAACCAGCGACGUUGGGUGGGCCUGGGUUGGACUACGAGUCUGUUCGCCUAUGAGAGGGGCGCAUGGACCGACGAGCACAACAAUGCUGUGCCUCCGCGCGACGAGUUUGAACUGCCCGAGGUGGAAGAUGAGAGCAACAUGCGCUGGCGGUGGGUCCAGGGCAGCAGGUGGAGGGUCGAUGGUGUGCCUGACGAGGCUGUCAAAGUCGUCAAGCCUACGGGGAAUGGGGAACUCGGAGAGAAGGAGGUGGAGUGGGAUUAUGACGGCGAGGGAGGCCGGAUGGGGUGGAUCUUUUAUGACAACAAGUGGCAGAAUGGCCGUCGCGGCCAAGACGGAUGGGGCCGUUGGACCCGUCGUCGCAAGUGGUACCGUGAUGCGGAGCUUGUCGAAGCCUCGAAUCAGACAGAGGACACAACUCCGACGCCGCCACAGAGCGCGCCUGUGCUUCCGCCGCGACCGAGGUCGCCAAGCGGAUCAUCUACUCACGCCCGCUCCGUCUCUAGCGCUAGUCUGAGCAUGCCCAACAUUGCCGAGCACGAGGCUGAAAAAGUCGAGGAGGAUGACGCCGUGUCGCUCAUGUCGACCUCGCCCCGCUCAGUGCGCAACAUGAAAGGAGGAGUGGCCGCGCCGAGCCUCCGGAGACGGGUUACUGACUCGAGCCGGGCGAGUGGACGGUCGCGCCGGGCGAGCGAAGCGGCGAGCGAAGACGACGCUGCCUCUCUGGGCACGCGGGUUGGGCUCGAGAUACAGGGUGCUGGCAAAGAGGGGUGGGGGAUUGGAGACGAGGCCAGGAUGGGCUUGGAGUAG